AUACUUUACUAGAACUGUACAGUACAAAAAAAUCUACGUUUGAAGGAUGUUUUUCAGUUUCUGUAUAUAGUAUUUUAAAUAUGGCGUGUAGUGCUUGUAAAAUGCUCAGGCACUUUUUUGUUGGCGAUAGGGGGUUGUGUCGUGUUUUUGGUACAAGAAAUGUGUCAACAUCCAAUUUUGUAUCAAAAAGCCGCCCUAGCACUGUUGGUGUUCCUGCAUGGGCUAAAGCAGCUAACAAGCGCCGAGCACAAACUUUACUUCUGGAGAAAAAGAAAACUCCUUCACAAAUACAAGCUGAAGUACGGGUUGCGGAUGUGAAGUCAAAUAAAUCUGAUUUUUUAACAUCAAGUAGAGUUGGUGUGCAUAAACCUGAGACAAGAGCGGCAUCAAAUGAAGGUUAUAGAAUGACAUCAGCCAGUGGUGAAAUGUAUCUAUUCUAUCAUCCAAAGCAGGAUUACCCAGUGAAACAUUCGAAGGAAAUGAAUGCGGAAGGAAGUGAAAUGCUGGGAAAUAGCUCUUCAAGAACUGGCAAUGACCACAGCCUAUCUGAACCACAAAUUGCUGAAAUAAAACGCUUGCAAAAUCGUGAUCCUAAGUUAUGGACAGUUGAUAUAUUGGCAGAUAUGUACAAUGUCAAACCCUUGGCUAUAUGCAAUGUUGCUCCUCUUAGUCAUGACCAGCAAGUGCAUCUUGAAGUUGAACAAGACUUCUUAAGGAGACUCUCAGAUUAUGAAAGAAAAGAAUAUACAUAUUUCAAAAAUAAUGAAAGGAGACGCCUUCAAAAAGGAAAGAAGUAAUCCAGGUUGCCAGAAAGGUGCAAAGUGGCUCAGUUUUUCAUAGAAGAACAAACUAGAAGAAAGGUCGCGAAGCGUCAGUUUGAACUUGGACUUAAAACGUAAUUUAAAGCUGAAACGUUGUUAAAAUUGUCAUCCUAGGGAAAGCCAGGAGUGACAGAUAUCCCUGCUGCCCUCCUUUAGGCGGAAUGUAUUCUUCACUUGUUCCAGUGGCGGAAUUUUCAAUCACACUCCAGCUCUCCAACAUAUCAGAUAAUGAGAUAAAUAUUUUAAAGAAUGGUGCAUUAAUGUACCUCUCUUCGCUUCUCUCGGUUAUUAUAGCAUCAACGCCUGUUAAUAAACAACAUCCAUCGAGCAAUCAAUCUCCUUUGUCACCUUAUUAGUCAUAUCAUAUACAUCUUCAUGCCAGCAAAAACGCGGAAAAAAAGCAUUUCAAAUACGAUCCAAAACACCACUGUCUGGCACUGGCACUAAUGAAAGUCUACUGACAUUUUCAGGUGCGCUAAUUUCGUUUUGAAUGACUCCAUUUUUCGAGAGAGCUUAAAUGAACUUAAUUCCGUCAAUAAAAAUGGCAACGAAUUUUUUUCAUGACGCAAGGUCUGGUUCUUUCUUUUCAUCUAGAAAUUUGGAAUAACAAUUAGCACGAAAACACGAGUUUCAGGUUAAUUAUGAUGACUGGCGGUCAAGAUAAAA